AUGGAAACUCUUUCAGGAAAGACGUACUUAUUUGCUGAGGUAAAGCAAAGGCUGAGGAGGGCUUUGCCAGUGUGCAGCUGGGGAAAGGAGCAACGAGAAAAAUCAGAGGUGAUCUACACUUGGAGGUACCUGAAAUUUCUCCGGAUGUAAAGGGAAACGAGGAUGAAAAAAAAUACAAGAUUCUGCAUCCUGACAGCUAUUUGCAGCACAGGGAUUUACUGCUCAUCAUCUCAUUAAAGAAAAGGGAAGAUAAAGCCAGCCAAAGAGGGAGAGAAACUAGACUUGGGAAAACUUUAUCUGCUCCUAAUGGACUUAGGCAUAUCCUCAGAUUCUUUGCUUGCCUGUUUUAACUUUUAUCGUAUGUGAGAAAUCAAUUUGCUGCUUAGAAGACUGAGCACUUGGCUGGGCUCUAAUGUUUUCAGCCCCUUCAGAAGAGCAACAGCUGUAGCAACCUUGGCUUACAGUUCCCCAGCAUCUUGGAAAGAAAAGAUGGGAACUUGUCACUGAGGAAGGGGAGGUAUCCUUGAAGCAAGGAUGGACGAAGCCUAUUGAACCCUGCUUUGAACUGGAUGCAACACACUGACUUACAGAAGGCUAAAUCUUCUGUUGAAGAGGAAUAACCUAACAAACCUCCUAAUGGGUUUGUGUUGUCAGCUGUGGCCUGAGCAACUGUUGCCCUGAGCCAUUUAACUUCUCUAGGUUUCAUAGUUGUGUGCAUUUUAAUUGAGUCUGAAGACUUAUUGGGCAAGGUGUGUGUGUGUGUGUGUGCAGGGGCACCUCAAGGUAGGUGGCAGGACUUUCCAGGGCCUCUUGUAUUUAUGUAAACUUCAAAGGGCUGAGUGGACUUACCUUUUCAAGUGAAUCCAGAUUUUUAAACAAGUUUAUCUAUACCAUUUCAAUGUGUCCUGCUUGAACAGAGAUUUUUCCAGCCACCAGGAUAUUUGCACAUGCUGCUCAUUUGACAUUGCAUAGCCCAGUAGAUCACCAUUAGUAGCUUUAACCUUUUUUUUUAUUAUUCUUUUAGAGAGAAGUCUGUGUUUAUUCCUACUAUUGGUGGUGGAAGUUUUUGCACUUGCAGAGUGCCCUUCCUGACUCAGCCCCUCCCUUUUCAAAAUGAAGGGGUACAUCUGGGUAUUUGUGGCAACUUUACUUUGUCAGCAGCUUUGCCUCUUCAGAGUGAUGGCAGCAAAGAAAGAGAGAAAGAUGAAGAAAGAACCUAAUCAGUAUACAGAGCCUUUCAAUAUUACCCUGUCAAACAGUGAAGAACUGCAUGGGCAUCCCAAGAUUCUAGGAUCUCCAGAUCCUCGAAUCACAGAUCCACGACGUACCUGGAUCUCCUUUGUUCACCGCCCAGAUGAUGGCAACACCUCCAAAAGGAAAUGCAAAGGGAAAGACAAGAAAUUACGUGGCCUUGUUGGGCCACCGGGACCUCCUGGCCCCCAGGGACCUCCAGGAGCACCUGGUGCUGAAGUCACCCGGGAAGUCCUUCUGCAGGAGUUUAAGGAUAUAUUAAAAGAAGCCAUUGAGCGGCGGGCAUCCCUGGCUAUCUCAGCCCAUCCUAGCCAGCUACCUCCACUCCUGCUCUCCUUGGAGGAAGCUUCACCCCACAGACGCAUAGAGGAGGCGUUCCACUGCAAGCUAAAAGGACAAGUUGUUGUAGAUAAGAAGACCUUGGUAGAACUUCAGAAUUUCCAGUCGCCUCUGGCUAAAGGAGCUUUUCUCCGGGGGACAGGCUUAAAUCUGGCAACAGGACGUUUCACAGCACCUGUGUCUGGCAUCUACCAGUUUUCAGCCAAUGUCCACAUUGAUCACAGUGAGUUGAAGAGUAAAGUCCAGCUCCGAGCCAGAGACAAUGUCCGAGUGUUGAUCUGCAUUGAGUCUCUCUGCCACCGAUACACGUCUUUGGAAGUCAUCGCUGGUCUGGAAAGUAACAGCAAAAUCUUCACUGUCUAUGUGCAUGGCUUACUGCAGCUGCAGGCUGGUCAGUACACCUCCAUAUUUGUGGACAACAGUGCGGGAGCUCCCAUCACCAUUCAGAAUGGAUCAGAUUUCAUGGGCAUGUUAAUGGGUGUGUAACAUUAACAUGUGCAGCAGUGUAGCAGGGAAGAAUAUGAAUUAGAGCCUUGCAGUAUAUAUUUGACUGAAGAAAUGUUUACUUUGACCUUUGAGGACUGCUUCCUGUAACUUGUUGGCAUCUUUUUAAACACAGCGAAGAACCUUUUCUUUUGCAGACACUUUAGCUUGCUUUCAGGGAUUUUUCAAGGUGCACACCAGUUCAUCAUAAAAAUAUACUUUUAUAAUUCAGAAACAAACUCUAUACUAUUCAACUUGUGCUUCACCAGAUGCUCACUGAACAAUACACUGAAGUUUGGAAUUUGUUACUUUAUAACUUUGUCACAAUAACACUUGUAAUCAACAUGUCUUUGGCAUUGAUUUUUGGGGUGUUUGAGUUUGUAAAUGAAGGAUUCAGAGGAGAAGUAAAGUAGGGGCUAUAUUCUGUGUGUUGUGGAGGAAGGAGAUAAGGAUUUGCCAGGAAAACUGUUUUUUCAUACAAUUGGAAAAGAUACAGGUACUCUGUCUUACUCAAACUUGGAUAUACCUGGCAAGAGGCAUGCUGAAUACUCAGACAAUGCCCACUUUGCAGGUGUGAAUGCAAGGCCUGAACUCUUUGAUUGUGGUUCUUUACAUCUAAGUAUUUCCUUGAUCUGUUGAUGAAACUGAAUAUUUUGUUGCCUGCAUAGUUUUGUUUUUAUGAAGGGAAAAGACCAACCAGACAAGGGCACCAGUUCUAGCGUGAUCAGCAUGUAUUCUUAUGUUUCAGUAAGAUGUAAAUUUGGUUUUGGCCAUAUAUUCAUUUAAAAAUGUGUCAAUUUACACUAGAACCAAAAGGCAGGCAAAGACAGUGAGACUAGCAGCCUCAGAUCAGAUACGUCACCUGUUUAUGGUGCUUGUUUGACUGCAUUGAAAUAAUGAAUGAAAACUUACGAUGAGGCUUACUUCCACUGGGUGGUCAGGGUCAUAUAAAGUCUAUCUGAGCUCUGCUUGGAGGUUGUAAGUGCUGUCAAAGACCCUCUGAAAGCCAACUUGAAGGUAAUGAAUGUGUUCUGGGUUUGUACAAGUCUCAGUUUGCGAAUAUAGGCAUGCAAAAUUGAUCCUCAAAAGCAGCUUUCCAUGUAGCACCAGACUAUAAACUCAUCUUAAUAAAGUCAAAAGAUACUGACAUUUCAUGUGUCAGUCAGGAUGUUGCCCAAGAUGUGGUUAACAAUUCUGCAAUUAAAAGCAAACAAACCAACCCACUCAUUUCAUGUACCUCUGUAGCUUUUCGCUUUACACUUGGCCCUUCUUUUGAUGCAACUUAAAUAAGGAAAUGUCUGGAUAACAAUCCGAUAAAUAGGUCAUAGCAAGGCCAAAAGUGGAGUCCAGAUACUUGAUCCUGAAUGUCCGUGGUGAAUAGGAGAUAUCCAUUGUAUAAUGUUGUAACUUUUGACGAUCUGCUGCAAUAUCUUCAUGCAAUGAAAACAGAGACUGCUGGGGAACACCAGGAGGCAUGCAAGAUGGUCAUCCGUUGCUGUGUCUGUAGGUCAAGAUGAUCAAUAUAUGCUGUUUCUACAAGCUCCAGUAAUACUGCUGUUGAGGUCAGUGCACAAAGAUGCCUUAUUUCAAGAGCUGUGGAAAAAUCUGCUGUAAAACAGACAUGGCCAAAACUGCUUUUUUCAUCUCUAUUCUAAAUACCUGGAGACAGAUCUUUUAGGGAGAACUAAAUAGUGUUUUCGCUUUGCUAAGAAUGUAUUACAAUGGUACCUAAUGGAAGAGAGGAGAGAGUAGCAGGAAUAAUCUAAUGGUGCUAUUCUAUACACAUGUGAAUUCAUCCUUCUAGUCAAUAGAAUGAAAUCGUUCUAACUGGAUUGGUGUGAUUCUCUAAAAUAUACAGCUGUCAAGGUGUAUAUUACCCUGUAUUAUUUCUUGCUUCACAAUACAUGUUAGCAAUUCCUAUGGACUUUUUUUUGUAGCAUGUUUUGGGAAGAAUGCAAUUCUAAGCAUAAGCUGUGGUACUCCCCUGGCAAAUGGAAUCCACACCCAUGGAAAGGCAUAGCGAGUAGCCACAGUAACGAUUUUGGGGCUUCAGAAAGCACACAACACACAUGAAUAUCACUAAUUCUAUCAACAAAGGUUGGUUGUUUACAUUGGGUUUUGAUGAAGUAGGUGUAGUCAGGGCAAGUGCCCUAUAUCCAAACAUGUAUUACUCUACUGUACUUUAUAUUGUGUGAAUAUUUGUAAUAAAUUGGGCUGUUUCAUAUAUGACUUACAGCAACAAAAUCA